AUGGAUUCCAUUGCAAGUACUAUCGACCAAGAAGCAAUUCCGGCUCCAUCAGACAAGGGAGUCCGUGAAGCUUCCCACCCUCAACAGGAUGUGGAGUGCGAUGGACGUCGUCCUAGAUGCUACAAUUGCGAACGGUCCCGUCUUUACUUUUGCGAUGGCUACGGAGAUGUGAAUCACACCAACGGCAACAUUCUGUCUGCUCAAGAGGUGACCGAUUCAGUAUUAAGCCAUCUCGAAUGCUUGCCCAGUACCUCACCGUCGGACAGGUUCCAAGGUUCUCUGCCAGACGUGAGUACCAUAGACACCGAUAUUACUUCUUGGGGGUCCUUCGGAGAGUAUAUGAGUAUUAUCAACAACCCUCACCCUUUACGUUUCGCUUCAGAUAGCCCAGGCGAGCACACCGAGGGCUCAAACAACCUUUGCAAUGACGGCGGGCUUGGCGAGACUCAGGACGAAGCCACCAGCCCCGGUGUGGAAGUUACACCAUCUUCAUCAUUUGAGGCAGAAGUCACAUCUGAGGCAACCCGCAAGCUGCUGGAUCAUUACCGCACCCAUGUAUGCCAGCUUAUGAUGCCCACCUCAGCUCCAUCACACAACCCUUGGCUUCAACUUUACCUCCCGCUAGCUGUCAAGAGCCCUUCAAGCUUGCCACAACAGAUCCUCCUCUACGCCAUCUUAGCUGUUGCGUCCUUCAACAGAUCGUACCUGGUGCCCUUGAGCAGGGUCCAUGACUUGAAAAAGGGCCGGGAAUAUAACGAGCGCGCAGUAACGCACAUGAGGUCAAUACUUGACUCGGAAGACGCGUCCGCUGUGGUGGGGGAAGAUAAAAAUGCACGGCAAGCAUUGAUGGCAGCUGCUUUGACGCUGACAACAGCAGAGGUAUUCAGCGGAGCAAGCCAGGGAGACGGCUAUGAGCAUCUCCAGCUGUGCAAGCAGGUUAUCCAGAUCACUGGAGGAGUGAACUGGUGGGCAUCAGAUCCUGCGUGUCUCACACUUCUACAGAUAUUCCGCUGUCUGCAUAUCGUUGCGUCAACAUCAGGACGACUGGAAGUUGUGGAUCUCCAGCCACGAGACUUGCAGUCGGCCAUAAUACCUGCUCCAGUGGGAGACUAUACCCUUGACAUCACCUUUGGCGUCUCCAUCAAGACUCUGCAGUGCUUGAACAAGAUUAUCGAGUUUUCCAAGAUGAAGUCAACACUUGGAACCAACAUGCCCUGGCCGGACGACAAGAUCUCAUCGCUCCUCGAACUCGAAGACGAGCUCUUCGAUCCGCUAGAGGCUCCUGAACUGCUCAAAGACCGACACUCUUUCCCCAGCUCCGACUCCCAGGGAGGCAUGCCGGGUUACAUUGCCGACCUGAUCACCGAAAACCACAUGUUUGCCUUCCAUUAUAGUGCCGCCAUCUUCUUCCGGAGAGCCUUGUGCGACGGCUUGGCUCACAUUUCGCCUGCCGUGAAGAGGAGCUCGGAACCCAAGACACGUCCAACGGGCCAAUAUUUGGUUUCAAAGGCGUUGGAUCAUCUCGAGAAUAUUGACGCACUGUCGCGCAACAUCGCAGUAGCCAACACACUGUGGCCUGGAUUCAUUGCGGCUGUCGAAGCGGUUGAUACCGACUUGAGACAUCGCGCCUUGAUCUGGCUUGAGCGCGCCAAGCGUCAUGGGAUUGGCAACAUUCAGCAGUCUAAGGGAAUCAAGACGGGUUGGAAGUAG